AACUGUGAAAUUUGAAGUGAAAAAUUAGAUUCUUUAAGAAAAUCUAACUAAAAUUUAUGAAGUAGCUGUUUACCAACAAAACCAAAAUAGUCCUAAAAAGAUGGCCCCACCACAAAGGAUGCGUGUCGCCAAUGAAAAGGCUAGCAAAUACGUGACCAUGCGAGGCAACGUACCAAAGUCAUCGAAAUCCAAAGAUAAUCAAUACCCUGUUGGACCUUGGCUUUUGGCAUUGUUUAUUUUCGUCGUUUGCGGUUCUGCUAUUUUUCAAAUAAUCCAGUCUAUUCGAGCAGCGUAAAACUACAAACACCAACUAAAAUAGAUCUUUAAUUUUAAAUGCAAUGAAUAUUCUUCCGAAAUCCAAUCAUAUAUAAUUGCCAUAGUUUUAAAAAGUUAAAUGAUUUCAAAUAAUAGUUUAUUUAAUGUGCUUGAAGUCUGAAAUGAUUUAUUUAUACGAUGAAAAUUAUAAGCAUUGAGGAAUUAAAUGCAUCAGCUUAAUUUGUCAGCAGUUAAAUGUAUAAAUUUAUUUUCGAAAGCAUUCCUUUUUGGUGAUUAUUGUGAUUGGUUGGCUUUUCUCGAGCAACAUGUUGUACUGUAAGCUCGGUAUUUAAGAUA